UAUAAAAUGUGAGGACAGACGGCAUUGAAAUCAGUCGAGUGAGCAGCUUCAACACAGCAACAGUAUCCAGUACCUGUAUUCACUUGAAUCUCGAUCGAAUUUCAUCUUUCAAAUAUGGCUAAUUCCAGCAUCGUGCUGCUGCUGGUGUUGUUGUCGUUGCUGUCGUUGAUGGCUGGGCAGAUCAAUGCUGUACCGAUGUCUCCUGGUUAUGGCAGCUAUUCUUACCAAACUACUACCAAGGCCCCCGAGUACUACACGACUACGUAUGCUGCCCCUACUUACUACACCGAGGCUCCCAAGUACUACACCACCAAGGCACCGGAGUAUACUACAACCUACGCUGCCCCAGUAUACUACACUGAAGCUCCCAAGUAUUACUCGGCUCCGAGCUACCAGACUGAGGCGCCUAAAUACUACACCACAACGUAUGCUGCCCCGACCUACUACACCGAAGCUUCCGUUUACUACACCACCAAGGCUCCCGAGUAUUACACUACAGCUUCUUACUACACCACAACGUAUGUUGCCCCAAGUUACUACACUGAAGCUCCAGUUUACUACACAACAUACGCCACUCCCACCUACUAUACCGAGGCUCCAAAGUAUUACUCUGCCCCGAGCUACUACCAGACUGAGGCUCCGGUUUACUACACCACAAAGGCCCCCGAGUACUACACUACAACUUAUGCUGCUCCUACUUACUACACUACCAAGGUUGCCGAUUACUACACCACUACCUAUGCUGCUCCAAGCUACUACACUGAGGCUCCAGUUUACUACACCACUAAGGCUCCAGAGUACUACAUAACAACAUACGCUGCACCGACUUACUACACCGAGGCCCCGAAGUAUUAUCCUGCUCCAAGCUACACAACUACUGAAGCAGCCAAGUAUUACGAAGCCCAACCCUACUACGCCGCGGCUGCUCCUUCUUAUUAUGUUGAACCAACCUACUACACCGAGGCUCCAAAGUACUACUCCGCACCAAGCUACUACACCGAGGCUCCGGUGCACACAACUUACGCCGCUCCGAGCUACUACACCGAAGCGUCACAAUAUUAUACCACAAAGGCACCAGAAUACUACACCACAACUUACGCUGCCCCAGUCUACUAUACGGAAGCUCCUAAGUAUUACUCAGCCCCAAGCUACUACACCGAAGCGCCAGUUUACUACACCACCAAGGCCGCAGAGUAUUACACAACUACCUAUGCUGCUCCAACUUAUUACACCGAGGCUCCCGAGUACUACACCACAACCUACGCUGCUCCGGCGUACUACACCACUAAGGCCCCUGAGUACUACACCACAACCUACGCUGCUCCGACCUACUACACCACUAAGGCUCCCGAGUACUACACAACUACCUACGCUGCCCCGACUUACUACACUGAAGCUCCGAAGUAUUACUCGGCUCCGAGCUACCAAACUGAGGCGCCGAAAUACUACACUACAACAUAUGCUGCUCCAACCUACUACACUGAAGCCCCAAAGAAGUAUUAUUAACCGUAGCAGCCUUGCUUUAAUUCACGAGGUGACGCAGUUUUCAAUUUUAUUCGCAUGUUCAUAUUCGUUACAAAAUAUCUCCGAUUUAUCUGCCUUGUCUAUCCAUUCACUAGUCAUUCGGUUUGGAUUGGUUCCUCUUUCAGAUUUUUCAAAAAAUAAAUUAUUUAUGUGGUUA